CUAAGUUCUGGAAAGUUUAAUAAAUGAUUUUUAAAAUAGUAGUUCCAUAAAAGUCACUUCUUUCGAACCAGUUUCUCAUAUAUUUGAUGUCAACAAACACUAAUCGACAUUUGAUUACUUUGGAUAUGAGAAAGAUCAUGCUAAAACCUAUAUUGUAUUGUCGGAAGGACAUCAAGAUAAAGGGUUUUGUGUAAAUCGUAUCAUUACACAUAGUUAAUGAUAAUGCCCAUCCUGCAUUUUGGGUAUCACUUAUAUAUAUUUAUUUAAGGGUAAAAUAUGUGGAUUGAAAGUUAAUUUUGGAAAAAGAAGUUAUUCUGAAAAUCCAUUACAGUUGUAAAUUGGCCUAUUAGUAGAAUAAAAGGCAUUUUGUAUAUUUUAAUUAAUUAUAUUCUUAUAAAUUAUCUUAAAGUUUCAAAGGAGAAAUAGAAGAAUAAGGAAUGAGCUUAUAAAUAAAAUAUGA